UUUAGUGUUUGCCGACUUCUGAUGGAAACGGUCAGACGUUUCUGCUCCCGAUAUCUCAUUUCGGGAUAUCGUUCUUUUUCGCGCUUCUUUCUUUCUCCCUCGCUCACGCGGGGACUCGGCGAUAAAUCUUUGACAACUAACAAUCGUUCUACCCUUUUUCAUUGACUAAUUGGGGAAAAUUUACGCUGGCCACUGUUUUCUAAGCGUCUUUUGUGAAUAGAGGUGAAACGGAUAUUCCCUAUUUACUCGACUUGAUGCUAUAUUCUCAUCAACAAAUAUCAACCGAAAUCAAUCUGAAGAAAGUAAUUUCUACAUGAUACUUUUUGCUCCUUUUUGUCUUAAAAUCAAGGAUUUUUCAAGAUAUAGUGUUUUAAAUACCCUUAUUAAAUUUUGUUUCAACUAUCAUCAGGAUCAGAAAGGAGCACAUUUUGUGGGAUCGGCUGGCUUUGAGCGAACAACAAAAAAAUGUCUACGCUAUGUUUCCAUCUUCUUUAGAUUAUUUCAUUGAACUGUCCUACAUUACUUGUGAUUACUUCCCAUUUUGAUUUCAAGAUUAGGCUAAGGUAACUUUUCCAUUAUUCAACUUUUACUUGGAAGAGUGCUUAUGAUUCUGAGCACUGUUCAAACAUUAUUUGGACAAGGGAAGAACCCAGAUCAGGGCUGAAAGAAGACUUCACAAAAAGAACUCGUCACUUGCGUCUGGCUCGAUCCACUUCUGAUAUCUUUCUGCGGAAAACAUCCCUAAAGAUUAGUCGGUGACUUACCAUCAACAAGUUGUCGUGACUGUAUUAUCUUCAAGAAUUCUUUCAAUAUAGCGUCAACGUCGUAAACGAAAUCUACGGCUUACUUAUCAACUGUGUCAAUAUCGGAAUUACCAGCAUCAACAAGAAAAUGGUAGAGACCGCUGAUUGAAAAACCUCGAUAAGAAGAAUAGAUAUUGUGGAAAUCGCAAUAUUUUCUUAAACUCUCCUGCCAAAGAAGUGAGAUUCAUUUUUUCGUGAUGGCGUGCAAUGGUGGUGAUUGCCCCGUCAAGGCUUCAGAAUAUACCUCUAGCGCAAUCGAAGAGGGCGCCACAACAGAACCUUGGCUUUUCACUCCUGGUGACAACUCCAGUAAUAGGACGGAGGAGGAUGAUUCUAGAGACGAAAAUCUUGCAAAAUGGGAGAUUUUCGUAAGCAGUGUAAUUCUUGUCGUCGCUCUCUUUGGCAACUCCAUCGUAGUUCAUUCCCUCUGGAGGCGUCGUAAGAAACUGUCACGGAUGCACUUCUUCAUUCUUCACCUCUGCGUUGCCGAUUUGUUGACCUGUCUCCUAAGCAUUUUCCCUCAGCUCGUCUGGGACAUUACCUACCUUUUCUAUGCUCCAGAUGUGAUAUGCCGAAUCGUCAAGUACGGCCAAGUCUUUCCGAUGUAUCUCUCAACGUACAUCCUUGUCAUGACGGCCAUCGAUCGCUAUAUCGCAAUCUGCCACCCGUUACUCGGCCUCCGUGGGGAUUAUACGCAACGCAUGCGCAUCAUGAUUGCGGUAGCAUAUGGAUUGUCGUUUCUUUACGCCAUACCACAAAUAGUGAUCUUCAGGAAUGUUGCUGUGGCAGGUGGAUACCAAUGCUGGGCAGUAAUGAAAUAUAGCACGUGGUCUCCACGAGCCUACAUCACUUUCUUCGUGUUGGCGGUCUAUGUCAUACCAAGCACAAUCCUUGGUAUCACUUACGGACUUGUCUGCUACACUGUAUGGCGGAACAUGGGGAAGACUCCAGACAGUGACAGACAAAAGAUCAAGAAUGGUGGACAUCAUUCCAGUAAUGUAGCUACUACCAACCUCGACGAAGACGAAGGUGAUACUGAUGGCGCAGAAGUAAAGGUCUCAAAAUCUACAUCCGAGAGGGAAGAUCCGCUCUGCAGAAAACACGGGUCAGCUGCAAGGGUCAGCAGGGCAAAGGUCAAAACCAUCAAGAUGACCCUCACCAUUGUCACGGUUUAUGUAGCUUGUUGGACGCCAUUCAGUUUGGCACAGCUUUGGAACGUGUGGCAUCCCCCGAGUGCCCCCUUUCAUGGAGACGCAUUCACCAUUAUCAUGCUGCUGGCUAACCUAAACAGUUGCACCAACCCGUUGAUAUACCUGGCCUUCAGUGGCAACGUCAAGCGUGAAACCCUCGAGACGUUUGGUUGCUUCAAGUUCCUUCGGGCUACCUCAGGCCAUUUCAGCAAGUCAAAGUACGCCAACGACCGGACGCACAUGGAGGACAACUCCAGUCGCUACGCUUCGAGCACAUCUCAUGUUGGGUCAAAGACACUGUAUUCAAGCUUGGACACAACCGGAAGGGAGGGUCCGAUCGCGGGAUAUGCCUGUAAUUUCGGGUCAUCGGCGGCACAAACCCGUGACAUCUGAGAGAUUGGAUGCCCCGGUACAGUUGCAUUCAGUAACUUUUGAUCGGAUAAGGAUAUUCGUAUCCUGUACAGACAUAUCAAGGACAUCAAGGUAUUAAUCAAUGCUAUAUUUGAAACUAAGCUGUCAUUUAUAUUUUUACCAAGCUCUUGUAAAUUAUAUAUGCUGGUUCAAUAACGUUGUGAUCAUUCGUAAUGAUUGAUUAGACUGUCUAAAUGAAUAUACAGGAUUCUAUUCCUGUCGAUAUCUAUCUGUACAAAUAUGUGUAUUUACUUUGGCUCUUAAAGGUGAUUAUACAUUAAAUAUAUCAAGGAAACCAGGGAAUUAACUAAUGUAAAAAAAAUUCUUCAACACACCAUUUGCUUUUUAUCUCCUACCCAUUAUAACUGAUAUACUAUUAACAUAAUUGAUGUUAAGAAAAUACAGAGGCUGAAACCCUUUUUAAAAAGAUUGAAUUGCUGUAUAGUAUAAAAUAGAUCUUUACAAAGGAGAGUUACUCAAAUCUAUUUGAUCGUUCGAAAAUACUCAUAACAUAAAUGGAAUACUAAUAUGCAUUCAAAUGCGACCAAGAAAACUAACACAGAAUAGGCUAUUAGGGGACGUUCUUGGGAGAAAGCCUGCCUUACUGGCACCAAACAUUGAUUUUGAAAUCCUCAUUCCCCCAAUUAAAGAGAAACAUAUUAGAUGAAAGCUGACUUUCAAGGUUUUUCAAUUUAAACGCAUGACAAGGGACUUCAGGGAUGCCUAUGGACAAGUUAGGGUAUAUUUUGUUUUACGUUAGAUGGCGCUAUACAUUUUUGGUCAAGUUAUGAGCUGAGUUUAUUUCUUUUUGAUUAGGAAUAAGGUGAUUUCUAUUUGGUACAGCAAUUGACAGUGAUGAGGACUUAAAUGUAUUCAUACAAAUUAAUGUUGUUGUUUUUUCUUUGAUAAUUACAUUCGUUGUCAGAUUUGCUUUUAUUAUGCUAUCAUGCAAUCUUAGCAACUGUAAAAUGAUCGAUUGAGAUUUAAGAGCACUUUACAUUCUUUGUGAAUUUAAUGUUUGUGCGUCCUGGCAAUUAGUUUCAUUAAAUAUUUAAAUCAUGAAUUCUUUAGGAGACGUAUUUCACAUACACAGAUUGUAUAACCUUUACGUCUAAAUACUCUCCGUCAUGAGCAGUUUUCCCUCUUGCAUCAUGCGGAAUAGACUAAAAUUUCGGACUGUGAUUUACCCAUGAAGUCGGAAAGUGAUCGAUGUGAUGAAUAUUGUAUCCAUAUAUACACAACAGAGAUAUAAGGGGCACGUACAUAAAUUUCAAUCCUGAAUAGUGCUUUCAUGUCAUAUUCAAUGUAAAUAUGUUUGUGGAUAAUAAUAAUACUUUAGCUUUAAAUGUGUGAUUUUUUGUUAAAUCUAAGCUGAUUGACAUGUAAAUUUGUGUAAAUGAUUGUUUUGUAAAGGGACAUAAUUCACGUAAUCAGAUAUGUUAUGUCCUUGCCUUUUAUCUUAUGAUCUUACAUACCGCAUACAUUCCAAAAACGAUUUAAAUAUAUGCACUACGAACGAUAGUUGGCACAUACAAUCACGAAAUAGACAUCGUCUCUCUCAUAAUCCACAUUUGCACACACUUGUCAAUUUCACCAUAGACUACCUAAGGUGUUGAUAUUACACCCUAGAGUUUGAGCAUAACACCAAAGAGAGUGGACUCAACAAAGAAUGUGUUGUAAUAACUCUAUCCAGCAACAUCAGAGUUUUUGUUGUGUGGAAAUGCAUGUAUAAUGUCCUACAUUUCUCGAAAUGAAUGCCCUUUCCUGUAAUGGGAUUCGCCUCCUUAUUUGCCAAUUGUGGCAUAUUUGAGAAAAUGAAGAUUGUCGCUUUUAUGUAAUAAAACGGUAAGGGGUUACUUCAUGUAUUCUCUUUCAUUUGCUAAGUUUAUCUCUAAUUAAGAUAAGAUAAACAAAGAGCAUGAUUAGUCCAUUUCGGUGCAUCUGAACUUUACUCGCCUAUUGAAGUCAUCUCGUCAUACAUCUGCAUACGGUGCAAAUAUUCACCUAUGGUUUUUAACAAUUAUUAGUCAAAAGCCCUCCCUUGCCAAUAAAAACAGUUGAGUUUGCAAGUGGGGUUAAAUCCACUUUAAACAAUCCUGAGAAAAUCAAUUUUUUUAUUCUCGCAUAUUGCAUCAUUUCCAUCUAUCUGUCUUCAUAUUAUUUCAAAAUAUUAUUUUCAAUGAAUUACCAUUGUGGAUCUAGCUAAAAUCUAAACAUUGAGAAAAAAAUAUCA